UUAACUCUUAAUCCCAAUAAAAUAUGAGCUCACACGGAAAAGAAAGUGAAGGAGGUAGUAUUUACGAGAAGUUCAAGCAAAACACCCAGAAAAUAUUCAACGAGGACAGCUUCAAACAAGGCCUUGAUAAAGGAUAUCAGAUGCUCCACGAGAGACAGAUUUCCAAAUAAUAGCAAUCGCAAGCAUGAUCAUAAGGAUCGUAGAAAUUAUUCAGAAGUCAAACCCAAGUCAAGAAAUAAUGAACAGGAUUUUGAUGAAGCUAAGCAUGCCCGCGUGAGUAGCAUGAUAAGCCACCAGAAUCCAUCCUUUAACUCCUCGAUAAAGAAGCCAGGGCUGAAGAUAAAACUUUCUCCUAAGAAAAAUUCGGGCAACCCAAUAAAACUAGAUAAGAAUUUGAAAAAUAUUGAGAAAAGGAUCUUACAAAAAAUGAAGAACAAGAAUAACCCAUCUAGCCCACCGUCGCUGACUAAAAUGCCUUCUAUUGAAAGAGCGAACUCUCCUAGCUUCAUGCCAUCAAGUUCUAGUGCGAUUAUGAGCAAUGAGUACUCUCACAGUAAUGCUAAGAACAGCAGGUACAAGGACAUCGACGACAACGAUAGUGCUAUUAUCAACCUUGCUAAGGCUAAACUUAGUCAAAGGAAUGAUAAAAAUAAGAUGUCUCAGUCUAUAAGACAGACGGUUGCAGGGUCUUUUAGGCCUAAUGAUCCAAAUUCUAUUAUGAACAGCAUCCAGGUUCCCAAGCCUAUGAAUGAUCAUCGCUCUGAGUACGACAUGUACAACAGUUAUGGCUCUAGCAAUGGCUUUGGUGGUGAAAAGAGACUAAGUAACAAAAUGAUAUUGAAAAUAAAAGCUUCCUUUAAAUACCGGGAUGAAGUAGAAACAGCUGAAACAGACUCAUUCUUCUCUAGCAAGUUCAGUAAGUUUAACGUUCCUCCUCAAGGAGAUGGGAGACCUUUCAUGAAUCCUAACAGAAACAUGGCUGAAGGAAUGAUCAACACGCAAGGAAACGAGAAUAAGGGACCUACUAAUUUUCCUAUUAUUUCUAAGAAAGUCCCUGAUUGCAAUAAUGGAAGCCUACCUUCCAUUAAAUAA